GGAAAUGUAUAGUUUCUUCCUGGUGCAAAAAUUUGUAUUCGUUUAGCAUUUUGUAGGUUUUACCAUACGUACAAAUAGUUGCUUGAUUCAGAGAGUCGAGGAUUCUUUGGUUACCUUUUCUUUUCUUUUCUCCUUUUUUUUUUUUUUUUUUUUUUGGGUUUUUCAAUUCUUGGUCGUUCUUUCCUACGUAAUCAUGUUAUUGGUAAUGCUGUGUCAUUUUCUCGGUGGUUUAUUCGAAUCUAUCCAAAGUGGGAUUUAUAGUGCACUGAGAAUUGAAGUAGAAACCGCUUUAGUGCCAUUUUUAUAUUGCGUUCUUGUAAUUUUCCUUCAAAUAUGUAAUUUACUGAAAUGCCUCUAGUCAAGUGGAACUUUUGAAGGGGUUUAUUGUCUGUUAGUGUUGGGAUCAGAAUCGGUGAACACUUAUUGCAGCCAGCUUGGAAUGUACUUUAAUUAUGCUUUGUUGGUAAAAAGCUCGUGAAUAAAAAAGCACCUCAUGUUGCAGCAACUUCUUUCUACUUGGCUAAAAGAAGGUUAGCUGGUUUGUUUAAGGCUUUUUGAAAUGGGAAAAUCUCCAGGAAAGUGGAUCAAAACUGUUCUCUUCGGGAAGAAGUCAUCGAAGUCUAGUUAUCAAAAGAAAUCUACUCCGCCCAUCUCAGAUAUAGUGCAUAGUACCUCUAAUCCAAUUGGAGAAAACUCACAUAGUAUCCAUUUACCACAUGAGGCACUGGAUUCUGCACCUUCCAAAAGAAGUACAGAUAUAGAAAAGCAGUCAGAUCCAACUAACAGUGCUGAGCUUACGAGGCAAGAGCAAGCUGCUAUAAAGGCACAGGCCAUUUGUAGAGGCUAUUUGGCUCGCCGUGCAUACCAUGCCCUUAAGGCGAUAAUAAAGCUGCAAGCACUUGUACGUGGGCACUUGGUUAGGAGACAGGCCAUUGCUACUUUACGCUGCAUGCAAGGGAUUGUCAGGUUACAGGCAUGUAUUCGAGGUCGAAGAGUCAGACAGUCAGAUGCUGUGUGUGAACUGCAGAAAAAAUGCAAUUUGCUGGUGCUAUCUGGAUUACAUGCUACCAGUAGACAAGAUAAGCUAUCUUCAAAUGCCUUUAUCUGCAAGCUUCUUGCUUCAUCAAAUCCUAUUAUACUGCACCUUCACUGUGAUCAAGCUGAACCGAAUUCUUCUUGGAGCUGGCUAGAACGAUGGUCAUUAUUUCAUUUUUGGGGACCACUACCACAGUUGAAUGAGGCUCUAGACUUGAAGUCUCAGACACAGAAGGGAAAUGUUAAGACCAGAGAUUUAAAACAAGUUGGGAGGAAGGUGAGGGUCCCAAUUGUAAAUGCUGGAAAAAGUUCAUCGCAUCCUGCAACUGCUUAUGACAAGCCUAUCCAAAUUCUAAGAAAGUCUUCUGGCCAUCAAGACGAAUCAGGGAAAGAACAUCGUCAGAGUGAACUCGAGAGAGUAAAGCAAAACUUGAGGAAAAUUUCUGCAAUCAGCACAGUGGCAGUUUCCAAAAGCUCAAAAAUUUCUGAUGUUCCAGAGAAGGGUGUUGACAAGUCCAUUGAGAAAACGAGUGAUCCAUCAGUGGCAGUUUCCAAAAGCUCCACGCCCACCAAGGCGGAAAUUACACCAAAACCAUUGGCAGUGGAGGAGAAAGUUGAAAUGCUGCACGAUGAGCAUGCCUUUAUUGAGCAACAUCCUAAGAGAAAUGUUGAAGUAGCUGAGAACAAAGUGACAGUGGAUGAAGAGCAAAAUUCUGUGGAGGAAGAGCAAAAUUCUAAGGAUGGAAAAACCACAAAGGACUACCAGCGAAGCCAGAGGAGAUCUUUGGCAGAAAAACAGGAAUACCCUGAGAAUGUUUCACAGCAUAACCCAACUUUGCCUAACUAUAUGCAAGCAACUAAAUCUGCCAAGGCUAAACUUAGAGGUCUUGGAUCACCUAGUUUUGAUCCAGAUGGGGUUGAAAAUGGUUUCGCUGUCAGGAGGCAUUCUGUGCCAUUAUAUGACAAUGGUAAAAUAAAUUCAAUAUCACCAAGAAUGCAGAGUGCGGUUCAAGCAAGUGGAAGAGGUGAAAGCAGAAGCAACAAACCUCCAUUUUCUUCUACAGAUUUUAAUGAUAAGGGAGCCAGGCCAGGAUGGAGGAGGUGAGUGAGGUGCAGCCUGUGAUGAGAUAUUAAAAGGAUAUGUACAAGAAAAGGUGUAUGCUAUUUAUCAUUAGCCUCUCCUUGUUGUCCUAUAUUUGUGUUUGAGGGUGUCUUGAUCAGUGAAUGUAUAGACUUUUCACCUUAACAGAAAUAUUUCCGAUC